AUGGAAUCAUUAUCCAAGAGCAAUCCCGAAGCCGGCAUCACUUUCAUGCCCGGCAUCGAGUAUCUCGAAGAUCCACCAGAGCAGUACAAGGCGCUUACGGAAGAGAAGGCGAAAGAACUCGGACUGGUCGAUUUCAGACGCCUCAGCCGAAAUGAGUUCCCGGAUGACAAGGUGGCUUGGGGUUGCGAGUAUAGGACAUGGUGUGUAAACCCCAUGAUCUAUUGCUCGUUUCUCUUGCGCAAGUUCGCGUGGAAUGGAGGCAAAGUGUUUCGCAGAGAAAUCAGUGAUCCUUUGGAGGUCUUCGCCAUCAAUGGGCUAUCGAAUGUGCGAACGGUCGUCAACUGCUCUGGGGUUGGAUUUGGAGAUAGGAACUCAUUCAUAACCAGAGGACAAACAUGUGCAGUGGCCAACUACAGCCCGGCAACAGUAACGCGGCAAAACGCUGAUGGGUCGUGGACGUUUUGCGUGCCCCGAAACUUCGACGGCGGGACAAUCGUUGGUGGCACGAAAGAGCCCGAUGACUGGAACGCUGAGCCAUCGCUGGAAGUUCGAGAAAAACUUCUCAAGACCUUCGCUGCAACCUAUCCUCCCAUCCUGGGAGAAACUGGCAAAUACCGUGUUCUGAAAGAUGUAGUCGGACGUCGGCCAACCAGGAAAGGGGGAAUGAGACUUGAAAGGGAAGAUGUCAAUAAUGGUAAGGCUAUCAUCCACGCAUACGGCCUUGGAGGAAGAGGAUUCGAAUUAUCUUGGGGUGUGGCCGAGGGAGUCGUUGACCUUGUUGGAAAUCCGCAAGUCAAAUCGCGUCUGUAG